UUAGCUGAGAACUUAGUCCUGAAGUAAAAUAGGCUUCUUAAUUUUUAAUGGAUUAAGACAAUUUCAAUUCUCUUCACUAAAUACAGAGUGAGAGCUUCAUGGCAGAGGUAAAACUCAGCUUAGAAAAGGACAUGAAGCAACUUGAGUAAGGAAAAGACUUCAGGGAUGCCUGUCACUCCUCAGUUGUAGUUUAUAGACAAUCUGUUACAUAUUAAGGAUUAACCUGAAAAUGGGAAAAUUUUGCUUUUCACUAAUCAUAAAAACUAUGGGUUUGAAUAAUGUUGACCACUGCAGUGCUGAAAUGUGGUGUCACCAUGAAAUUUGAGCAAAGCCUUCACAGCAUACUUACAGUGUUAAAUGAGUUUGCCAGAAAAACAAAUGGGGCUGUGCUGUGGUUGGGUGGGGGAGAGGUGGUGGAAGGAAAAGCAGUCAGGCCAGAGCCAUUGCCUACUGCCAGGCAAGCAGAAACACUCCUUGUGCUUUCCAUGACUUCUGUAAACUGGAUCCUGAAAAGUGGAGGAAAGAAUGGGACAGGACAGUGGGUAAGAGCUAGGUAAGUGUUCUCCACUCCAAGCGCUUGCUGAUGCUCCCUUGGCAACCCUUGGAGCUCUUGCUCACCCUGGCAGCCCUGGAAGAUGUCAGGAGUGUGUCUCAUGGUGUGCACAUCCUGCCUCCUGGUCCCAGCAAACUGCACCAUUGUUUGUUGGAAGGUGUUGGAGGAUCUCCCCAGCCUCAGCUGUGGCACCUCUUCGUGGGGAUCAGUGACAUGCUCCGAGUGCCCGGGGAGGGAUGGUGCUCUCUGGGUUCUGCUCAUGCAAGGUAAACAUGGCCAUGACUGUGGAGAAACUCAGGCUAUGGCAGGUCAUUAGAAGAAGCCAUAAAUAGAUAAGAAUAACAUUAGAAUCAGGGCUAUAAACCAGUAAAAUAGCAAAUGUCAGUGGAUUCUUCUGUGACUGAGGGGCGUGCUGCCAGUGAGAAGAGCAGCAGAUAGCAGCAUGCUGUGAAAGAAGGGCAUUCCUGCAGCAGAGGAGGUUUGCAAUAGUACCUGUCCACUGCUCUGACACAUACUGGGAAACUACUUCAUUUAGCCAAAAGAAAUCCUUUCAGGAUUGAGGGAAAGAUUAAAAUAUAUCUGCAUGUGUAGAUGAUUUCCAAGCUGAGAAAAUAUUUUUUCAACUGUCACAUGGUAGUAUUCUCUUGGGUUCCUGUUUUUUUGUUGAUAUAUUGCAUUAGUAAUUGUUUGUUAAUGAUAUGGAAAUUACCAUGCACAAAUUUAAAUUGCCAUUGUCAGAACUGAAGUUUGACAGUACUACCCAAUAUGAAAUAGAUAACAAAUAUUAUUUCAGGAAGAGGCAAAGAAAUCAGUAUUUCAUUUGCUUUGUAAAACUGUACCCAUACUAACAUAGAGGGACUUGGUGUGCUCUAACUGUGCUUGCAUGUUUUGAAAUGCAUAUAUUUCUAGUGCUCUUUUUUAAGGAAUAAAAUACCACAUGAAAACAUUUGCAUAAUAUUUAGUAUAUUUAAAUUAUCUUUAUUUAUCCUUUGUAGGGUGACUAAUACUGUUAGCUGUUAAGCUGCUUCUAUUAUGGUCUGAAUUUUUGAAGCCAUGCAGUGGAUUUUUAAUCCAGUUGAACUUUUUGCAAAACCUGAGAGACUUUUUGUAAUAUUAAUGAUGUUGGGGUGGAUUUUGUAGCUCUGCAGUUUACUUAAUUUUUCUGAAUUUCCUCCAUUAACAAAAGAAGACUGUGAAGUGAUGAAGAGAAUAUCAUGCAGCAGCACCAAAAAAAAAAUCUUUAUGUUGCCCUGGGUUGCAUGGUUAGAUACUUAGGUAGUGUCUAGUUGCAGAGGCAAUAAUAUGUCAGAAUACUUUAUUUGUGUACUGAUUGAAUUUUGAUCAAGACACAAGAAUUUUCAUUUAUACCUAUUCUGUUCUGUUUUCAAUUUUGUUAGCUUUGUUUGAUUUACAAUGGAAAAUUAAACCUGUCAACUCCAGUGUUCAGAUAGCAAGAGUGGAAGAUCUUCAUUAAAGAAUAACAGCAAUACUGUUGCUGAUUUUGCUGCUGAGCUGGCUCACAUCUUGGCUGAGCCCUUUGGAGCCUUUGGGUGUGGAAAGCGUGCCUCAGUCAAUAAACCAUGCUGGUCCUGAGCUGAGCAGUGUGAAAACUCCCAGUGGGUGCAUAGAGAACAUGGAUAUCUGUCCUGUCAUCCAGGGCACUCGGCAUGGAAAGUGCAGAACCACCAGGAGUGGCUGUGAAACUGAAAGAUGGUGCUCAUUUGAUUUUGCAGACAAAAUUGAAAGCCUUGGACAGCUGCAGACAUGACACGAGUCCUCCAUGGUUAUCACUGCUUUAUCAUUUCUGCUUGGCUGUAAAGAGUGGAAGGAUGGAAAAUGAUACUAAUUCCUUGUUUGAAAGCACAUUACAGAACAGAUGAGUUCUCUUUCCCUACUUCUUCAAGAGACAGCCUUUUUCAAAGCAUUCCUGUUAAUGUUGCACUCUGCAUACUCUUGUACGGUAAGAAUUGAAAUGUUCAGGAACAUGCAAAAUGCAGAAAUCAUAAGGAAAAUGACAGAAGAAUUCGAUGAGGACAGUGGUGAUUAUCCCCUGACCAUGCCUGGGCCUCAGUGGAAGAAGUUCCGCUCCAACUUCUGCGAGUUCAUCGGGGUGCUGAUCCGGCAGUGCCAGUACAGCAUCAUCUACGACGAGUACAUGAUGGACACGGUGAUCUCGCUGCUCACCGGCCUCUCCGACUCGCAGGUCCGCGCCUUCCGGCACACCAGCACGCUGGCUGCUAUGAAGCUUAUGACUGCUCUUGUGAAUGUUGCCUUAAACCUGAGCAUUCAUCAGGACAAUACACAGAGGCAGUAUGAAGCUGAGAGAAACAAAAUGAUUGGCAAAAGAGCUAAUGAAAGAUUGGAGCUGCUGCUUCAGAAAAGAAAAGAGCUACAAGAAAACCAAGAUGAAAUCGAAAAUAUGAUGAACUCUAUUUUUAAGGGUAUAUUUGUUCAUAGAUACCGUGAUGCUAUUGCUGAAAUUAGAGCUGUCUGUAUUGAAGAAAUUGGUGUCUGGAUGAAAAUGUACAGUGAUGCCUUCCUGAAUGAUAGUUAUUUAAAAUAUGUUGGUUGGACACUACAUGACAGGCAAGGUGAAGUGAGGUUGAAGUGUUUGAAAGCUCUUCAGAGUCUGUAUACCAACAGAGAGUUGUUUCCCAAACUGGAGCUGUUCACUAAUAGAUUCAAGGACCGCAUUGUGUCCAUGACCCUGGACAAGGAGUACGAUGUCGCUGUGGAAGCCAUUCGAUUGGUCACGCUCAUCCUCCAUGGGAGCGAGGAGGCUCUGUCCAAUGAAGACUGCGAGAAUGUUUAUCACCUGGUGUACUCAGCACACCGGCCUGUGGCAGUAGCAGCUGGGGAAUUCCUCCACAAAAAGCUGUUCAGCAGACACGAUCCCCAAGCUGAAGAGGCUCUAGCAAAGAGAAGGGGGCGAAAUAGCCCAAAUGGAAACCUUAUUAGAAUGUUGGUUCUUUUCUUUCUUGAAAGUGAGUUGCAUGAACAUGCAGCCUAUUUGGUGGACAGCUUGUGGGAGAGCUCUCAAGAACUGCUGAAAGACUGGGAAUGUAUGACAGAAUUGCUCUUGGAGGAGCCAGUCCAAGGAGAAGAAGCGAUGUCGGACCGGCAGGAGAGCGCUCUGAUCGAGCUGAUGGUGUGCACCAUCCGGCAGGCCGCCGAGGCACAUCCCCCCGUGGGCAGGGGCACCGGCAAGAGGGUCUUGACAGCAAAAGAAAGAAAAACUCAGAUAGAUGACAGAAAUAAAUUGACUGAGCAUUUCAUUAUUGCACUUCCCAUGCUGCUAUCAAAGUAUUCUGCUGACGCCGAGAAGGUUGCAAACCUCCUGCAAAUCCCUCAGUACUUUGACCUGGAAAUCUACAGCACGGGCAGAAUGGAAAAGCAUCUGGAUGCCUUACUGAAGCAGAUUAAGUUUGUUGUGGAAAAGCAUGUGGAAUCAGAUGUUCUGGAAGCCUGCAGCAAAACCUACAGCAUCCUCUGCAGUGAGGAAUACACCAUCCAGAACAGAGUUGACAUAGCCCACAGCCAGCUUAUUGACGAAUUUGUGGAUCGAUUUAACCAUUCUGUCGAGGAUCUCCUUCAGGAGGGAGAAGAAGCUGAUGAUGAUGACAUAUACAAUGUGCUCUCCACACUGAAGAGGUUGACAUCUUUCCACAAUGCUCAUGAUCUGACCAAAUGGGAUCUGUUCAGUAACUGCUACAGAUUGCUGAGAACUGGAAUUGAACACGGAGCUAUGCCAGAACAGAUUGUUGUCCAGGCACUGCAGUGUUCCCACUACUCUAUUCUCUGGCAGCUGGUGAAAAUCACUGAGGGCUCCCCUUCCAAAGAGGAUUUGUUGGUAUUGAGGAAAACUGUGAAAUCCUUCCUGGCUGUCUGCCAGCAGUGUCUAUCAAAUGUCAACACUCCAGUCAAAGAACAGGCUUUCAUGCUGCUCUGUGAUCUCCUGAUGAUUUUUAGUCACCAGCUGAUGACGGGAGGUCGAGAAGGGCUCCAGCCUUUGGUGUUCAAUCCAGACUCAGGCCUCCAGUCAGAACUUCUCAGUUUUGUCAUGGAUCAUGUGUUUAUUGACCAAGAUGAUGAAAAUCAGAGCAUGGAGGGAGAUGAAGAGGAUGAAGCCAACAAAAUAGAAGCUUUACAUAAGAGAAGAAACCUUCUGGCUGCCUUCAGCAAGCUGAUAAUUUAUGACAUUGUGGACAUGCAUGCAGCAGCAGAUAUCUUCAAACACUAUAUGAAGUACUACAACGACUAUGGAGAUAUCAUUAAGGAAACCUUGAGCAAAACCAGGCAAAUUGAUAAAAUCCAGUGUGCAAAGACACUCAUUCUCAGUUUGCAACAGCUGUUCAAUGAGCUUGUUCAGGAGCAAGGUCCCAACCUGGACAGGACAUCUGCCCAUGUCAGUGGCAUUAAGGAGCUGGCCCGGCGGUUUGCCCUCACUUUUGGCUUGGAUCAGAUCAAGACAAGAGAGGCUGUGGCCACACUACACAAAGAUGGCAUAGAGUUUGCCUUCAAAUACCAGAAUCAAAAAGGACAAGACUAUCCACCUCCUAACCUUGCUUUCCUGGAAGUGCUAAGUGAAUUUUCUUCCAAACUCCUGCGACAGGACAAAAAGACUGUGCACACCUACUUGGAGAAGUUCCUGACAGAGCAGAUGAUGGAGAGAAGAGAGGACGUUUGGCUGCCGCUGAUCUCGUACCGGAACUCGCUGGUGACGGGUGGCGAGGACGACAGGAUGUCCGUGAACAGCGGCAGCAGCAGCAGCAAGGCCUCCUCCGUGAGGAACAAGAAGGGCCGACCCCCCCUCCACAAAAAGAGGGUGGAAGAUGAGAGCCUGGAAGGCUCCUGGCUGAACAGGAAUGAGAACAUCCAUACUCCAGGGACACUGCAGACACCUCAGCUCACCUCCACUGUCCUGAGAGAGAACACCAGACAAAUGGGAGAGCAGAUCCAGGAGCACGAGUCGGAGCAGGGAUCUGAACAGGAUUUUUUACACAAUCCCCAGAUGCAGAUCUCGUGGCUGGGCCAGCAGAAGCUGGAGGAUCUCAAUCGAAAGGACAGGACAGGAAUGAACUACAUGAAAGGCAGAAGUGGCGUAAGGCACGCAGUACGAGGUCUAAUGGAAGAUGACGCUGAGCCUAUCUUUGAAGAUGUAAUGAUGUCCUCACGAGGCCAGCUAGAAGACAUGAAUGAAGAAUUUGAGGACACAAUGGUCAUUGAUCUGCCGCCGUCGCGGAACCGGCGCGAGCGCGCGGAGCUGCGGCCGGACUUCUUCGACUCGGCGGCGAUCAUCGAGGACGAUUCAGGAUUUGGCAUGCCCAUGUUCUGAAGUCUGGCGAAGACCUUUUACAAACUUGGAACUCUAUUGUUUAGAGCUAGAGGCCUAUAUACUGUGAUAGCUUGUAUGAAAACCACAUUUUUGAUGUGAUACGGUUUGAUUUUUAACCAAAUGAUUGAGGUCAACCCCUUGGUGUAGUGACGGAGAGAAGAGGAGCUUCUUAAUGACACACGGGAAUGUUGGCCAAUCCACUCACCUCAGAAGGGCUGACCUAAAAAAUCAUUUGUAUCCCUGUUCUUGACUGUCCUAAUACGGAUUUUUUUUUUUUUUCUGGAUGAGGAGGAAGUUUUAAAUUGUUAAGACAGCUGUCAAAAUAAACACUGUUCUACAUAUGUUUUCUGAAAACAACAUUGAGUGAAAACAGAACUUUUUUAACUUUAUUUUUCUGCUGUACAAUUUAAAACAGUUUUAACAUUUGCCUUUUUAUGUUUUCAAAGCUAGCCAUUUUUAUUAAACCUAUGCCUAUCAGCCACUGACUAGCAAGGCUGCUGUAAGCAGGUCGUUCUGGCUACGGAAAAGUGUUUUGGAACACACUGGAUUUGAUUAACAUUAUGGUACGCUUAUGUCCUCUCAUAGGCAUGGAGAAGAACACUCUCAGAGAAGAGCUUAGAAUUCUAAUGACGUGCAUCUCUGCCAAAAAAUUUCAGAUUCUGAUAUGAUAAACCCAGAUUUUAUACUCUUGAGAAGAUUUAUUUUUAUUUAUAAUGGGACAUAAAGUAAGAGAUGUCCAUGAAGCCACUUUUCCAACAGAUGCUGUGUAACAUUCAUUUUAUAUAGCACAUGGGGACACAAAACCAGUAAAUUUUCUAUUGGUACUUGCUCUGUGCAUUUUUAGCAACUUAUACCAGCAAAUAAAGUAUUCUCAGUAAAACACACAAAUGGUUCUCAAGUAAUCACUUUGCUGUUUUUACUACCUACUUCAAGCCUGCCAACACAAGGUACAUAAACAGCAACUUUCCUAUUAAAAAAAAAAUAGUUCAAGGGUGGGGGAAAGGAUCACUUUAGCAUACUAAAAGUAAUUUUAACUGUACCAUAAAACAGAGUCUACUUUCCAUGCCGUAAAUACCCUUUUCCGCUAUUUUUGUAAAUUAAUUUUGCCAGUUAGAAGUACUGUAUGUGCUGCAUAGAAAUUUGUGCUUAGAUGGUGAAGUUCUUAAGCUUACAAUGGACUACAGCUACAUUUUCAGUGUUAACUGUGCAUAUUGAGAGUAAUUCUUUGGAAAAAAAUAUGAUUUUUCAAAAAAGCUAAAAACAUUAAAAAAAAUCCAAAAAACCCCAAAACAUUCUCAGCUAAUUCAUUGUACUAAGAUAUUUUUCAAUGUCUUCAAUAAUUUGGAAAUUCAUUAUGCUUCAAUUUUAUGACUCGAUGUAGUAGCUGCUCCUUACCCAGCCUGGCCUGGCACCAGCGGUGCUGGCCCUCCACAGCUCCAGAUCUCCGACAAUUGGCCCCAAAACCUUCAUCUUUCUGCACUCAGCAGCAGUUGGGAUUCAAAGCAGACUGACCCACUUGGAGCACAGCAGUUUCAGAGGUGCUUUAGUUUUAGCAACUGCAGAAUAAUCCCGGAGCUUUUUCUGUUUCAAGCUUACUGGACACCAGCCCAAGCCCUCAGUGCCCAGCGUGGGCAGGGAAAGAGCCCAAAUUGGCCCAGCCCAGCACCUUACCCAGCUGAGCUUGGCUCUCACAACACGUGCAGUUCUCAGACACGGUUGCCAAAAAUGUCUGACCAGGUAAUUCAGCCAUUCCUUAGUGUGGCUUGGGGAUGUAUUGAUCCCAAGAAGUAGCUGGAACUUUAUAAAGCCCGUUACUUCCCUGUGCACCCCCACGGCCUGGGGGCAGGAAUGGCUGCAGGACCUGUCCCAGGAUCACUCUGUGAGCAUGGUGGCACAACAGAUGCUGCCCAGUUUGAGUCAGAGUCUCAGACAAACCUUGUGCUUCACAGUCCUCUGUGUGGAAAACUGAUUCCUAAUUUAACAUUGUAGAAUACUGUAUAACAAACAUUUAUUAUCAUGGUACCUGCAAUGGGUCUCCAGUUCAGUUUGCAGUCAAUAGGUUUUUGUAUUAUGAGUGUCUCCUUGAUUGGUUUUGCUAGUAAUUCUGUAAAUUGUACAUUUACAAUAUGAGGUUUUUUUUUUCCUUUUGUACAAUUUAAAACUGAUGCUUCACCUUUCAUUUAAUAAACUAUUGAAAAUCAUGA